UGCCCCCUCUUAGCUUUGGCUUUCAUGCACCAUAAAGUACUCAACUUCUGUUUUGCUCUGUUUCAGGAUCAUUGCAUCGAUAAAAUCAAGGCACGCCGGACAGGUUGCAAGGCUUCCUAUGUAGACUGAGGCAUUUGCUGAAGGUCACAUAACCCGAGGCCAAGCUGGAUCUUGUGACUCCCAGUCUGGUGCUUUAAUCACGGACGGCUCCUGCUUUACAUGCUAACUUCACCACUUGCCUGAAAAUGUCUGGCAAAACAGCUAGCACGACCAACAACAUCGCUCAGGCCCGAAGGACUGUCCAGCAGCUAAGAAUAGAAGCCUCCAUAGAAAGAAUAAAGGUGUCAAAAGCAUCAGCAGACCUAAUGCUCUACUGUGAAGAACACGCCAAGAAAGAUCCAUUGCUAAUGGGCAUUCCAGCUUCUGAGAACCCCUUCAAGGACAAGAAAACGUGCAUCUUGCUAUAGGAGGGUGCCAGCAGCUCUGCUCCCUCCUGGGCAAAGCCAGCCACCGGCGGGCCUAUAGGCAAAUACUCUGUAAGGUACCGGCUGCUCACUGUGUAAGAGUAGCUGUUCUUUUACCAUGUGUAUAAAUGAUUUCUUAAGCUUUCUAAAGCAUUCUGUUGCCUCUCUUUAUUAGGAAGUGAGGUUUUAAACUGAAUUAACUUCUUUCUUGGCCAAGGGAAUGGGGUGUUGGGUGCAGUGGGGUGGGCAGGGUGAGGCAGGGCUCUCAUCCUCUGCGGGAAUGGGGUUCACCUCUCCAGUUACACAAACAAAACCAAAGUUGCCUGAGCUUUGCUACCAGAGCAGAGGCAAAGGUGUGGAAACCUGAUUGAACAUGAUUGGGUCGGCACCUUUUUAAGAUGAUGUCUGUGCUGCCUGUGUUGGUAGCGUGUGUUUAAGCACAGACAUAUUUAGAAGUGCAUUAUCUAGCAAAAACUACCUUAAAAAUGAUUGUAGCAAUGAGUGGUGAGCUCCAGGGAGCCAUGCCUGCAGCCUUCCUCACGCUGGCUUCUCUUGACAGGGGUUUCUGAGUGUAAAACUUCAAGAAUGGGAGAUCUGCAGGUUUAUUUGCCUGCUUUUUAAGUUGAAAAUGCAGGAUUUUCAGCUUUGAUCCUGCUUCUCUACAUACUCUUCUGUAGUUUAAAAACCCUGUCAAGAGAAGCAGAGGCUGCAAGGUUGUGCUGCUGAGCUGGAGGCAUGGUUCUGGCUCACCACAUCCCAGUUCCAUUCUGUGCAGGGAGUCAGAACUUGACUCUUCUUUUUUAAACUCAUUUUUUAAAGGGGGUGGGGGGGAAAUGCCAAAUUCUAUCCAGAUUGUGGUUCUGCAGCUAGAAUGGGAGGGUCUUUCCAUCGAGUAAGUGAUUUUAUAUAUACACAUAAUAAAACAUUCUUUCUCUGUCUGUGUGUGUAUAUAUAUAUAUAAACUUUCAUGGUAUAUUUAUACAAACCUUGCAUCUUAACAGCAGACUUGGAAGGGAUUGAAGUUAAUGCUGCCUUCAGCUGGCUACAGAUGUCUUUCUCAGUAGCUGGUGGUUCAGAGGUUGGACGUGUGAUCAUGCCAUAACUGCCUUUCUGUAAUUACAUUUGCAGGACUUAUUAACCACUUGUAAUUUACUGUCUUACAUUGCGUAUUUGUCCUUUCUAUAUUAAAUUAUAUACACAC